CAUCCAAGAGCUCAUCAAAACCUAGCAUCGAUUCACUUUCCUUCCUGUGGGUAUUAGCAGCAGUCGCUAACUCCUUGUGCUCCUCAUCGUCAAGCAACAAGUGUCAACUCUCAACAACACCUCUACAAAAGCAAUCGUCCACUCUGGUGAUGCUCUCCAGUUUGUGCGCAUCCCUGUCGAUGAAGGCCUCCGUGCCCUUCUCCUAGAGCCCCGUGCCGAUCCCGAUGCUUUGGCCGGAAUUCUUACACCAUGCCGCCGGUUCUUGACAUGCUCGUGCGGCUCCUCGUCGCGUCCGUGCUGCUCGGCGCAGCCAGUGGCGCGUUUACCCCCGCGGACAACUACCUCGUCCUCUGCGGCACGUCGGCGAGCGCCACCGUCGCCGCCGGACGGACGUUCGUCGGGGACGCGCGUCUGCCGGCCAAGUCGCUGGCCGCGCCGCAGAGCGUCGAGGCCAACACAUCGCGGACCGCGGUCGUCCCGUCCGGCGAGUCGGAGCUGUAUCGGUCCGCACGCGUGUUCACCGCGCCAGCUUCCUACACGUUCGCCGUCAAGCAGCCCGGCCGGCACUUCGUGCGCCUUCACUUCUUCCCCUUCCCCUACAGGUCUUACGACAUGGUGGCGGACGCCGCGUUCAACGUGUCCGUGCAGGGCGCGGUGCUCGUCAACGGGUACACGCCCAAGAACGGCACAGCGGAGCUCAGGGAGUUCUCCGUGAACGUCACCGGGGACACGCUGGUGAUCGCGUUCGCGCCGACGGGGAAGCUCGCGUUCGUGAACGCCAUCGAGGUCGUGUCGGUCCCCGACGAGCUCAUCGCCGACAUGGCCAGGAUGGUGGACGGCGCCGUCCAGUACACCGGGCUGUCGACGCAGGCGCUGGAGACGAUCCACAGGAUCAACAUGGGCGUUCCCAAGAUCACGCCCGGCAACGACACGCUGGGGAGGACGUGGUUGCCGGACCAGAGCUUCCAGGUCAACACCGACCUAGCGCAGCACAAAGACGCCAAGCCCCUGACGAUCAAAUACGACGAGAAAUCGGCACUCUCGUCCGCGUACACGGCGCCGGCGGAGGUCUACGCGACGGCGACGAGGCUGAGCACGGCGGGCGAGACCAGCACCAUCAACGUGCAGUUCAACAUCAGCUGGAGGUUCGACGCCCCGGCCGGGUCGGAUUACCUGCUCCGGUUCCACUGGUGCGACAUCGUCAGCAAGGCAGCCAUGGGAAUGGCCUUCAACGUCUACGUCGGCGGGGCGGUGGUGCUCGACAACUACGAGAUUUCGCGUGACACGUUCAACCGGCUAUCCAUACCGGUGUACAAGGACUUCCUCCUGGGCGCCAAGGACGCCAAGGGCGCCAUCACCGUGAGCAUCGGGUCGUCCACCGAGGACAACGCGUUGCCUGACGGCUUCCUCAACGGCCUCGAGAUCAUGAGUAUAGUCGGGAGCGCCGGCGCCGGCGCUGCCGCCACGUCCCCGCGCAGUUCAAAGGUCAAAAUCGGGAUCAUCGCCGGCUCGGCCGUCUGCGGGGCCACGCUGGUGAUGGUGCUCGGGUUCAUCGCCUUCAAGAUGCUGCGCGGGAGGGAGCCGGAGAAGAAGAAGCCGGCCGACGCCUGGUCGCCGUUCUCGGCGAGCGCGCUGGGCUCUCGCUCGCGCUCCCGGAGCUUCUCCAAGAGCAACGGGAACACCGUCCUGCUCGGGCAGAACGGCGCCGGCGCCGGGUACAGGAUCCCGUUCGCGGCGCUCCAGGAGGCGACCGGCGGGUUCGACGAGGGGAUGGUCAUCGGCGAGGGCGGGUUCGGGAAGGUGUACAAGGGCACGAUGCGCGACGAGACGGUGGUGGCCGUGAAGCGCGGCAACCGGCGGACGCAGCAGGGGCUGCACGAGUUCCACACGGAGAUCGAGAUGCUGUCCCGGCUGCGCCACCGGCACCUGGUCUCGCUCAUCGGCUACUGCGACGAGCGCGGCGAGAUGAUCCUCGUGUACGAGUACAUGGCCAUGGGCACGCUGCGGAGCCACCUCUACGGCGCCGGCCUCCCGCCCCUGUCGUGGGAGCAGAGGCUGGAGGCCUGCAUCGGCGCCGCGCGGGGGCUGCACUACCUCCACACCGGCUCCGCCAAGGCCAUCAUCCACCGGGACGUCAAGUCGGCCAACAUCCUCCUCGACGAGAGCUUCAUGGCCAAGGUGGCCGACUUCGGGCUGUCCAAGAACGGGCCGGAGCUGGACAAGACGCACGUGAGCACCAAGGUGAAGGGCAGCUUCGGGUACCUGGACCCGGAGUACUUCCGGCGGCAGAUGCUGACGGAGAAGUCGGACGUUUACUCCUUCGGCGUGGUCCUGCUGGAGGCGCUCUGCGCCCGCACCGUCAUCGACCCGACGCUGCCGCGGGAGAUGGUGAGCCUGGCGGAGUGGGCGACGCCGUGUCUCAGAAACGGCCAGCUCGACCAGAUCGUCGACCAGAGGAUCGCCGGGACGAUACGGCCGGGGUCGCUCAAGAAGCUCGCGGACACGGCCGAGAAGUGCCUCGCCGAGUACGGGGUGGAGCGGCCCACCAUGGGGGACGUGCUCUGGUGCCUCGAGUUCGCGCUGCAGCUGCAGGUGGGGUCGUCAGACAGCUCGGACGUCGACACCAUGUUGCCGCCGGCGCCGCCCGUGCCCGUGAAAACGCCUGAGGUUCAGCGUAGCCUGUCCGCCGCUACCGUGGCGACUGACGCUGCUGCCAUGACCACCAACUUGGGUGACCUAGACGGAAUGUCCCUGAGCGGAGUAUUCUCGAACAUGAUCAAGAGCGACGAGGUCAGGUGAAGCCAAAAGGUGCUUCGUCCACGUUGUACAAACUGAAGCACGUGUAUAUUCGGUCAAUUUAGUGUUUAUAGCAUGUAGUACAUGACAAACGAUGUACAAACUUUUAUGUAGAAGAAAGUUAUAUCAAAUAGUUAUGUACCGUACCAAUAA